AUGGAUGAAGGGGAUGAGAAAUCAAUUUCUGAUUUAGCUAAUAAGUUUAUGCAAGCUGCUCUUGAUUUAGGUGAUGUUGAAGAAGUUAUUUAUCAUCAAUCGGAUGAUGUUGAAGAAACACCAGAUGAUGAGGAAGAAAUCAGUCUCAUUGGCAAAAUCAUAAUUGAAGGGAAAAUGGGUAUUAAAACAAUUGAGAAAAACAUUGGUUUCACAUGGAAUUUCAUUCCUGAAGGUGGUAUUAAGGUUUUUGAAUUAGAAGAUAAUAUCAUUGAGUUUCGUUUUAAGGAUAAAGAUACCAUGAAGAAAGUUUUUGGUUGUCGACCCUGGAGUAUUAAUGGUUUUCUUAUUAAUCUGAGGCUCUAUAACUCUGAAGUGAUUUAUCAAGAACUUGAUUGGAGCAAGCAAUGUUUCUGGAUUCAAAUUAAAAAGAUUCUUUUAGAGCACAUGAAUGUCAAAGCACUAUCAAAAAUUGGAAAAAAUAUGGGUGAAGUCUUAGCAAUUGUACCGGAAGAUGGUGUUCCUGUUGAGGGUGAACCUGUGAAAGUUUGUGUUCAAGUUGAUAUUAACUACCCUCUGAGAAAAGGUGUGAUGUCAAAAACUAAUGCUGGAUCAACUCGCUGGAUUAAGUUAUUCUAUGAGAAGCAGCCACAUAAGAUAUGUCCAAGUUGCUAUAUCCUGAAUCACACCAAAGAAGCAUGUAAAGCUGUUGUGGAUUACUUAGCUAAGGCUCAUGAUAAGCCUCACUAUUUUGGAGAGCUAAAAAUUGGUGCAAGGAAGAAGAUUGAGAUUGCUAGGGGUGGAGAUUAA